AAAUAAUUGAAAUCUUUUUACUGAAAUAAUGCGAAAAUGUUUAAAUCGGUGAAACUGUUAACCCGGACAGCGCUGCCACUGUUAGCGCCGUUUUUGCGUCGAAAGACAUUCCACAGUCAACCCAAGUCUGUCACCCAUUCCGAUACAAUGAAGGUCUCAGUACUUCCAGCCCUUGAAGACAAUUAUAUGUAUCUAUUGAUCGACGAGAAGUCCAGAGAGGCGGCGGUCGUGGAUCCGGUCGAACCCAACAAAGUGUUGAAUGCAGUGAAAGAGGCAAAUGUGGUGUUGACCACAAUCCUCACUACUCAUCACCAUUGGGACCACUCGGGAGGAAAUGCAGAGCUCGUUAAAGCUAUGCCGUCGCUCACUGUUGUCGGCGGAGACGAAAGAGUGGGAGCACUGACUAAGUUGGUUAAGGGCGGGGAUAAGCUUACUAUCGGAGGGCUUAACAUUGAAUGCCUGUUCACUCCGUGUCACACAAAGGGACACAUUUGCUAUUUUGUUACUUCUAGUGCCGACCCCAACACUGAUCCUCUCGUGUUUACAGGUGACACACUAUUCGUUGGCGGAUGCGGAAAGUUCUUUGAGGGAACUCCAGAACAAAUGCAUAAAGCGUUGGUUGAAGUGCUCAGAGAAUUACCCGACAAUACUAAAGUGUAUUGCGGUCACGAAUACACGGAGACUAAUCUCAAGUUUGCCAAAAGUAUUGAACCAAACAACAAAGACAUUCAGGAAAAGUUAUUAUGGACUCAGGACUUGCGCUCAAGGAAUGAAGCGACGAUUCCAUCGACAAUAGGGUCCGAGAAGAAGACCAACCCUUUCAUGAGAGUUGACGUCCAAAGUGUCCAAAAAGAGGUCAACAAAGAGGACGAUGCGAUCGCAACGAUGGCAGAGUUGAGACGAUUGAAGAAUAACUUCAAAGCUAACUAAGUGUCCAAUUAGUCGAUGGUUUUAUUUGCGGACUCUUUGUUAGAAUUAGCGGCAAAUAUCUUCAUUUCGUUCUCAUAGCGAAUCUUAUCGUUAUUAAACAGAUUGUAGUAAACCUAUGAUUAUGUCAAAUGUAGUUAUUAUACAAAUAUUAUAUUUAACCUCUUAUGCAGUACUACCGUAUAUCAUAUACCGGUAUAUAUAUCUACAAAAUUGAAAUUAAUUGUCCAGUAAAUUAUCAAAUAUAAAGAUGAUGUGCACCUGUUUGGCAGUGACCGACAAUUCGUGCCAUUGCUGGGCCAGAGCUUUGGUCAGUUCCUGGUGUGUCAUCUCUGUCUGCAACCAAUUGAAUAUUAUUACCGAAACAUUCAUUUAAAUAAAUGUUUAAAACAAAUACA